UCCGGAAUAAGUGGAUUUAUAAAAUUUGAUACAUUUUACGAAAAUAAAUUAAAUCCUAAUUCUUUUGGUGCUUUUGUGCAGAGUUUUAUUCCUCAAGGAUUUUUAAACCAGCAAGUUAAAUUAACAUGUUAUGUGAAAUAUGCU